AUGCGCACUCGAUCCCACGACGACAUCUCAGCUAUGCUGUCUGGUAGUCUGGAUCCCUCAUCUGAUUCUAAUCGCCAUCUACACGGGCUUUGUCUUCUUCACCCGGCUCAUGUUCCGUCACAUCCCGAAUUCAUCCAGCUCGUCAACAUGCCCUGGACGUCUCGAUGUGAAGGCGCAUUCCUGGAGAUUGGCGAUUUUUUCAAUCUUGGAGACCCGGGAGCCGAGUGA